AUGCCUCGAGUUCACAGCAUGUCGGGCUAUGAAAACAUUCACAGUCCUACUGCAAACAGCGAUUUCGAGCACGUGGUCAUUGGCGUGAUCCUCAGUAACGGGGAGGUACGCGGUGAUCAACACCGAUGUAACGCGCGCGCCUGUUCAGGCAUGACUUUCGGUCGCCUUGCGGACCUCAAGCGACACCACUCUAGUUUACAUGGCGGAGCCGGAGGAAAAGGACAACGUACCUGGUGUCCUGUCGAUGGAUGUGAGUCGCCUUUCACAGAUCUCUGA